AUGAGCCGCACUACGCGCACCCGCUCCCUCAAGGAGAUCGGGGUAGAAGGCAACGGUGACGACGUAGUGCCGUUCAGGCGGCUCACGGUCGUCUUCUCGUCCGUGGGCGAGCCGGCAUCGUGCGACUACGUCGUGCUCGACCGCGGCGUGGUCGGGAUCGCGGUCGCGGAGCCGCCGCCGUCGACGUUCAUGUACUCGUCCCCGACGCCGCCCUCGUUUGGAGCCACCCCAACACAAUGGCGUUCACCGCACCUGGACCACACGUUCGCAAAUAUCCCGUCCUCGGCGUCGCCCCCGCCGCUCACUCUCCUUCCUGCGGCCCUUCCACCCACGCCUUCAGGCGCACUCGCCCUUCCGUCCCUGGCGUUCUUAUCAGACCCUAUCUCAGCCGAGGCGGACGAAGAGGACCAGUACUGGCGCGCGACGCAGGGCGACGACGACGACGCGAUCUUCUCGCAGCUCCCCCCAGACGAGCCGAUGUCAGAGGACGUCGCGGCGGCGGCCGAGGAGGGACCUGCACCUUCGGAAGACGUCGUCAUCCCGAUGGACGAAGGGGUCCAGACGCACUCCGACUCGGAGUAUUGGGGGAAUGAGGACGACGAUAUCAAUUGGGCAGACAUUUAG